AGAGAGAGUUGUAUGAAAACAACAAAAUCCUGACGACAAGCUACACUAUCUUGACUAACAGGAAACCGACCCCGAUUGGCUAUGGAAAUUACUCAGUAUCUGUUAACGAAUCAAGUCCUCAUCCAAUCAUGCGGGGAAAAUGCGAUUGGUGCAGAUUAUGUAAGAAUACCGCCCUCGUCAAGGUUUGUUAAUAGCAAACCGAUUGCAAAUUGCAAUAUGAUUAUGAUCAUGAUGCAAAUAUUUUCUUAUUAAAGGUGAAACCAAGCAUAUUUUAAUGAAAAAUCAAACCAAUAAUUGGACUAUAUCAGGUAAAGUUUGGUGGGAGAAAGAAUAAAUGAAUCUGUAAUUAUAGUAGUCUAUGUGUAAAAGCAGUGGACUCAGCCAAUCAGGUUAGAUUUGAUCAUGUGACUUUAUUUGGAUUCCCACACUCCACGAGCAUGAAUCAAAACACGAAAUGGCAAUCCAUCUGUAUUCAUGGGGAGCCAAUAGUUAUGGACAGUUAGGACUUGGAAAUCAAGAUGACCAGCUUCUACCUCAGAGAGUUACCCUCCCUGACUCAGCAGGUGCUCCUCCUCAAAAUCAACCAAUGGCCAAAAGGAUCCGAUCACUCACAGGAGGGGGAGGUCACUCCAUCAUCAUACAGGAUGAUGGGAGUGUGUUUGCCUGUGGCUCAAAUUGUAAAGGUCAGCUAGGGUUAAAUCAUUACAAUGAUGAACCAGUUUUCAUGAGAGUGAACCUCCCAGCAGUGGUCCACAAGGUGUCCCCCGGUUGGGACUUUACAGUUAUUCUCUCUGAAAAGGGAGAGGUGUUUGUAUGUGGCUCAAAUGAAUUUGGACAGCUUGGUUUUCACCCAAAGGAACUCCAGCAUACCCCUAUACCUAUGAAGGUGUUGUUACCAGCAAGCUAUGGGCAGAUAGUGGAUGUGGCAGCUGGUAUGAGACACACAGCAGUUUUGACAGCUGAGGGAAAAGUGUUCUGUUGGGGAAUGAGAAGAAAAAUCCAGGUUGAAGAUUUACUGAAUGAAGCAGUGAAGAAAUCUCUAGAAAACCCUGUAUUAGAGUCAGCUGAGGGAGACCCAUUUGUGAAGAUGUGUGCAGGUUCAUUUCACACCUUGGUGCUCACAGAGAAAGGCAACUUGUGGAUUUUUGGAACAUUCAAACAUGGCAUUUCCACACAGGAAAAUCCAUCAAAGGGGAGUAACCUACAGACACAUGCCAUUUCCAGUUCUCUCUUUGAUGGUCGCAUUAUAAAUAUUAGCAGUGGGUGGACACAUUGCCUUGUCCAAUCAGCUAGUGGAAGAGUAUAUUCCUGGGGCAGAGGAAAUUAUGGUCAGCUUGGUAGAUCAUGUGACCAGUCACACAGUGGAAUACCACAACACAUAAAAGAGUUGUACAGUAUAAAAUCUAUGGAAUGUGGAUCUGAACAUAAUUUAGUCACUACAGAUGAUGGAAGACUUUUCACCUGGGGAUGGAAUGAACAUGGUAUGUGUGCCACGGGAGAUGAAGACAACGUUGAGAGACCGACCAUAGUGAAAGCUUUGUCCGAUUUAUUGGCGGUUGAUUGUGCAAGCGGUGCUGGCCACUGUUUGGUUUUGUGUAAAGAUAAAACUUGAGAUUGAAUUCGGAGUUGUUAGCUAUUAGAAUGACUGUGAUGUCCGUGUACAUUAUGAAUGGUGUGAAAAUAAAUGUUACUGUGCAUGUAUGAAUGAUACAUAAAAUUUGUAUUGUCUAAA